CAAAUUAUCCAAUCCAAGAAACUCCAAACUCCAUUCAUUUUUUGAUAAUAUAGUGCAAACCUUUCCAUUUUCGUAUUUUCCCAAGCCUAAAUCCAAUCCAGGAAACUAGCAGCAAAGACGCAAAGUGCAUGUUGGAGUGAGUUGUCAAUUAGAGAGAAAUCAAGGGAGAUUGGAGGCCAUUUAGCCAUAAAAUCUGUACAAUCGAGAAUAGAUUCAACAUUUUGCCUAUAUAUUUUUGUAUUGAAUCAUUGUAAAUUAGUACAUUAAGAAAUAAUACAGAACACAAUUUAUGACAUGGUAUCAGAUCUAAAAUAACGCCUUUCUUCUUUAUGCCAAAUUUCAUCCUCGGUAACCCGAAUUUUUACAAUUCAAUAUCUUGUAUUUCAUAGAUUCCAAAUCACUGAGUUAAUAGAAAAUUCACUGUGCCAAUUCUAAUUCUUGUGGACCGUCGAGCACUUGGUUAUUCCUGCAUAACCGAAGCUUGCAAGUAUCAAAAUUCUCAACAAGAAAUACAAAACUAUGAGGGAAAGAAGAGAUCAAAGCAAUCAAUCUUCUGGAACGGGUUGGAUCCUUGCAACAAACAAGAUCAAAGAAAAUUCUAAUGACCCUUUUUUGUCCAGAUUUCGGCAUCUUCUGGUUGUGAGUAUUCCAGUUUUUCCUUUUAUUUUUUUUGGUGGCUCAACUGCAAGUAUCGUAACUAUAUUUGAGAUUUGAAGCUAUUUGGACUUGAUAUUUGGGCUAGUAAUAUGGCUAGUAAUCUUCUUUUGGAUUGAAGCUAUUUGGACUUGAUAUUUGGUCUUACUACUCUGCUUUCUCCUUUUAACAGUUUAGUAAGUUGGGUUCAAAUUACUUUGGCUACCAUUUAUUAUUCUAGGCUAUUGUUUGGUCUGUUGCUUGUUGUUAUUGGACUAUUGUUAUUGCCCACAACAGAUGUACCUUUGCAAGAAAUGGCUACCCUUCUUAGUAAUUUUGGUAUUGCCCUCCACAGUACCCAGCAAGAUGUUGAGAGUGGUGCGUGGUUACUUAACUCUGGUGCCACCAACCAUAUGACUUUUACUACCACAGACUUCACUCAAACGUCUUUACCACGACGCUCCAACAUUGUCAAUACCAAUUGCGUGACAUCUCUAGUUACAAGAGCCGGCACAGAUAUUCUCACCAAGGAGAUCAUUGGGCGCGGUACUAAGAGGGGAGGACUCUACCAUAUGGAGGACUUCAGCAUAGGUCGAGCACAUUUCACACAUCUUUUCACUAGUAAUAAAGAGCAGCAAAUUUUGCUUUGGCGUUGUUGAUUGGGUCACCCAUCAUUUACCUACACGAGACACUUACUUCUUAAGUUAUUCUCCAAUCUUCAAAUGGUUGACUUUAAAUGUGAGUCUUGUAUUCUAGCUAAAAGUCAUCAAGCUUUCUAUCCGCUGAGUUUGAAUAAGAGUGAAGUUCCUUUUGCUCUGGUACACUAUAAUUCGUGGGGUCCUUCCCCAGUUUCUAAUGUGUCUGGAAUUCGCUGGUUUGUGACUUUUGUGGAUGAUUGUACUCGUAUGACAUGGUUAUAUUUGCUCAAAACUAAAGAUGAAUUGCGGCAAGUAUUCCAAUCCUUUCAUGUUAUGAUUCAAACUCAAUUUUCUAGAAAAAUUCAGAUUCUAAGAUCCGAUAAUAGUGGGGAAUAUGUUAACCACAAAUUACAAGCAUACUUCCAACAAUGUGGCAUUAUC